CGACUAUAUUUUGGGUCCUUCAGCGUCGAGGUCAGGAAGGUGUUUGUUGCGGCGUCUCCUCCACAUCGUCCUACGCCGGGUUCUGUCGCUAUUUCAGGCGCUUUUCCACUUUCGCAACGUGACAGCAACAUACUCGACACCGGUAAUAUUCUGGGAAAAUGGCGAUUCCUCCAACCUAUGCGGACCUUGGAAAAUCAGCAAAGGACAUAUUCAAUAAGGGAUAUGGUUUUGGGCUGGUUAAGCUUGAUGUGAAGACAAAGUCUUCAAGUGGAGUGGAGUUUAAAACGUCCGGCUCGUCCAACGUCGACACCAGCAAGGUCAACGGAACCCUGGAGACCAAGUACAAGUGGGCUGAGUAUGGGCUGACAUUCACGGAGAAGUGGACCACGGAAAACACACUUGGAACAGAAAUCUGUGUUGAGGAUCAGAUCACCAAAGGGCUGAAACUCACUUUCGACACCACGUUUUCACCAAAUACAGGCAAGAAGAGCGGCAAGGUCAAGACUGCUUACAAGAGGGAAUACCUGAAUGCAGGUGUUGAUGUGGAUUUGGAUUUCGCUGGUCCUACGAUCCACGGAGCGGCCGUAGCCGGCUACGAGGGCUGGCUGGCCGGCUACCAGAUGACCUUCGACUCGGCCAAAUCGAGGAUGACUCAGAGCAACUUUUCAGUUGGUUACAAGACGGGAGACUUCCAGCUGCACACCAAUAUAAAUGAUGGUUCGGAGUUUGGUGGAUCUAUUUACCAGAAGGUCAACGACCAACUGGAGACAGCGGUGAAUCUUGCCUGGACUGCAGGCAGCAACGGAACUCGCUUUGGAAUUGCUGCAAAAUACCAGUUAGACUCCAGUGCUGCCAUAUCAGCUAAGGUGAAUAAUUCCAGCUUGGUAGGAGUCGGAUACACUCAGACCCUCCGGCCUGGUAUGAAACUAAUCCUUUCUGCGCUGGUGGAUGGGAAGAACAUCAAUGCUGGAGGCCACAAACUUGGUCUGGGCCUGGAGCUGGAGGCAUGAGGGUCUGCUCUGCCUCUUCAAAGGAAGAAGAGAAACGUCAGCUCAAUCUGAUCCUUCGUGUUCCCGUCUAGUUCCGCAACAGAUGUUUGAAAGAGGUGAAGCCAAAAUAAAAAAAAAGAAGAACCACCAGCCCCCUUUGUAACUAGUCCUGUUGCAAUCAUGUGUAUUUGUCAGUUACUUCUUCUACCAGCUCAUCCUCAAUCGUGAUAGGAUCGACCCUCUUGUGAAAGCAACAUGGAAUGGCUUUGAAAAACAACCUUUGUUACUUUGCUGCAGUGUGAUAACGUAGAAUGUAAAUCUGAGCUGUUAAUUUGCACAGUAGAUUAUCUCUAUUUAAGAUCUUUCUCCUUUUGUUUUAUUUGCACAUUAUAUUUUUAUUCUAGAGGUGACGUUCUACCCGUUGGAAGGUUUACUCCAAGUUAUGCUAAUCACUUUCGAGGCCGAUUUAGUGGCUCAUCUUCCCUUGAGACCUCCGCUACCUUGAAUACCUUCUUCUAAGCUGCAAGACAUUGCCAAAUGGAUUAUUAUUUUCAGUGUGACUUGAAAAAGUGAAUUAAUAUCAGAGUGAACAUCCACUUUUCUUCCCAUUUCUGAUGGUUGUCACACUAAUCAGGAAGCGAUCCGUGUGUUGGCGUGUGUCUAACCUUUGCAAUAAAGUCUGUAAAUCAACCAAAA